GAAAUAUACCAAAGCGUUGCCUAGUAACCACAACUCCAGCGGCUUCGCGUGACCAGCCAACACCCAACACUUUUAUUGGCCCUUUUCUCUUCCGGGGAGCGUUGGCCUAUGAGCAGCUAGAAGAAGUAAAGUGUUUCCCGUAGGAAGCCGGGAGUAAUGGCGGACCGUCUAACGCAGUUGCAGGACGCGGUGAAUUCGCUUGCAGAUCAGUUCUGUAACGCUAUUGGAGUAUUACAGCAGUGUGCUCCACCAGCAUCCUUCAGCAACAUACAAACUGCAAUAAACAAAGAUCAACCAGCUAAUCCUACAGAAGAAUAUGCACAGCUGUUUGCUGCAUUGAUUGCAAGAACUGCUAAGGAUAUCGAUGUUUUGAUAGAUUCCUUGCCCAGUGAAGAAUCUACAGCUACAUUACAGGCUGCUAGUCUGUAUCGCUUGGAAGAAGAAAACCAUGAGGCUGCUGUACGCCUGGAAGAGGUGGUUUAUCGAGGGGAUAUGCUCUUGGAAAAGAUACAGAGUGCUUUAGCUGAUAUCGCUCAAUCACAACUGAAGACAAGAAGUGGUACUCAUAGCCAGCCUGUUACAGAUUAACAGGAGAAGCUGGCGAGAUCUGACUAUGAAACCUGAACUUCUGGAGAAUAAGUGGGGGUAUGGGGGGGAACCCCCCAAGUUAUACACCACUGUUGAGCUUUAAUACUGUGGAAAGACUUAAAGUGCUAUGGUGGGGGAGUGUCCCUGUUGUCACAAGCCUCGGUGUUCUGUAUGAUGCUGUACUGGUGUAAGAAGCAAUUUGUGAUCAUACCCUUUCUUAUAUGGAUAAAAAUUGGAACUGGUAGAGCUCUUUACAGGCUUAACAAACAUCUGCAAUUUCUGGAUAAGCAAAUAAUAUAAUUCCAUAAUAUUUUUAAUGGGAGUGGGUUAAUUUUUUAUUUUUAUUUUUUGCACGAAGGAAUAUUAAAAUACACUCGGAUGAGUUAUACCAA